AAAGUUCUAAAAGGACAUUCUCAAUUAAUUUAAAAACCAUAAAGUCGAAAUUGCUGUAGCAAGAAAAUGUAUAAUUAAUGUCCGUUUUGCAGGCAACCCAAGGAACAAAUGUGCACUCCAGCCAGGACAUUCCCUUAUGGACUGGAUCCGGUUGGGAAAUUCCGGAAAGGAUCUCACCGGAGUUGGGGCGAAGGCGGGGCGACUAUCGGUGACAUCCAAGGAAUUGGCCAACCACGAUAAAGAGGACGAUUGUUGGUUAGCUAUACGAGGGAAGGUUUACAACGUCACGGAAUAUUUGCCUUUUCAUCCGGGUGGAGUGGAGGAAAUAAUGAAGGGGGCUGGAAAAGACGCGACCGCAAUUUUUGAUCAGGUUCACGCAUGGGUAAACUACGAAUCAAUCCUACAAAAAUGUGUGGUUGGUCGAUUAGUCUCCAUAGAUCCCAGUAUCAACAGAGAAGAUCUAUUUUUAGGCAAGGAUUCCUUCAUAGUACCAAAAACGUCCCUUAAAACGCCGUCCCUGUUGAAAACCCCCACCAACUCCCCGAAAGAAAAUCCUCAGAACACCAAAGAAACUCCACUUAACACCAAUGAAUCGCUAAGCAUACCGACAACUCCCUUGGACGACUCGCUGCCUUUACCGCGAUUCGAUUGGAUACAGAAACUGAACUCCAUAACCGUUAUUUUUUACACGGGGGCUUUUUCGAACCCCUGCGUUGAAAUCACGCCUCCGACCGCGGAAAAUGAAGUCAACGUGGUUUUGACGUAUUUAAACACGUGUUUCACGAACGAACUGAAGUUGCUACAAAAAGUGCUGUUUCCGCCGAAAAUUAAAGUUUACUGUGAGACCGGCAAAGUGGAACUAGUUUUCAAUAAAAUCUCGAGUGAGAUUUGGGAUAAUUACGGUAUUCUGCGACAAAAUAGCGACAAAAUUACACCUGGGAGCGACAGGACGGCGUUUGUUCUGGCAGAAAAGACGCAAGUCAACCACAACACCUAUCUGUUGAAGUUCGACAGGACAAAUCACUGUCGCUACAUCGUCCCUAUAGGAAAACAUGUCAGGAUUUUCAUGGAUACACAAGGAACUGAAAUAUCGAGGAGCUACACCUCAGUACCGGACUCACUCUUUACAAAUUUCGGCCCUAAAAAUGAAACCUCCGACUCCUUGUGUCUUAUGGUAAAAAGAUACCAACAUGGAAUUUUGAGCCAAUACAUCACAGAUUUAAAAAUGGGAGACACCCUCUACACAUCUCGGCCUCUGGGUAACUUCAAGCUGCAAAGGCUGGAAAAGUUGGAUAAGUUUAUAUUGUUAGCUGCUGGUACUGGGAUCACCCCUAUGCUUAGUUUGAUAGUGUUCUUAUUGGAGAGGAGGAUCAAGAAAUGUCAAUCCAUAGCCUUACUGUUUUUCAAUAGAAGGAAAGAAGAUAUUAUUUUUGAAAAACAGCUUACAGAUUUGUCAGAAACAGAUAAAAGAUUACGAAUAGACCACGUGCUAUCCGAUGCAGAAGAAAGCUGGCAAGGACUUCGUGGCCACGUGAAUGCCUCGCUCCUUAAUUCCACGAUCCAAAAGGACUUAAAAGACUCAAUAUACACCACGAAGGACAUGUUCGUGUGCGUGUGCGGUCCGAACGCGUUUAACGACCUAGCGGAAAAACUUCUGGUGGAAAUCGGGUUUUCCGCCGACCAACUGCACUGUUUCCAAGGAUAG